GUUGCAUUUCCUGAUUUCAGAUUGCUUUUUAGCAAAUAAUAGACUACUGUACCGUAAUACUGUAAUAAUUGAAAACACAGCAAUCAAGAGCUUUAUGACAUUAAAGACGUUAUAACUACUGAACUAUCAGACUAUUGUACGACACUGUAAAUAUUCACAGGGUACUGUGUCCUAUUUCUUCAAGUUUUUAUAAUAUUGUGGUCAUGAAUGGCCUCAUGGCCAAGUGUCAAGCCAUUCAUACAAGGUGGAAUAUCAUCUGUUCUUGCUGAGGUUGCCACAUUUCCACUUGAUCUAACAAAGACAAGACUUCAGAUACAGGGUCAAGUCAUUGAGUCAAAACACAAACAAAUAAGAUACAGAGGUGUUGCUCAUGCAUUGGGGAAAAUUUUACAAGAAGAGGGAUUUCUGGCAAUGUAUUCAGGAUUGGGACCAGCUGCAGCUCGCCAAUUAAUUUAUGGAGGACUGAAGAGGGGACUUUAUCGUACUUUUCAGAAUUGGAGUGGUGUAAGAGGAGCAAGAAGUACGAUUCUUAUGGAUUUGGUUCUAGCAUCCUCUUCAGGUGCAAUAUCAGCAUUUGUUUGCAACCCUGUUGACAUUGUUAAGGUCAGAAUGCAAUCACAGGGAAUAACAUUCACGUCGUGCUACAGGCAGUUAUUAUAUGUCGAUGGAAUAAAAGGUUUAUUCAGGGGUGUUUACCCAAAUGUUAUGCGGACAGCUGUUCUUGUUGGAUUUUCAUUUUCUGUUUAUGAUGAAGUGAAACGAUUAAUUUUAUAUGACCUUGGUAUAAGAGAAGGAUUUUAUUCUUAUAUUUUAGCAUCAUGCAUUGCGUCAAUCACUGGUUCUUUUGCAGCAAACCCAUUUGAUGUAAUUAAGUCAAGAAUGAUGAAUCAGAAAAUGGAUGGGAUUCGAUAUAGAAGCACUUUUGAUUGUUUUAUAAAGACUGUGAAAUUAGAAGGAUCUUCAGCACUUCUAAAGGGGUAUGGGACAAUGCUAUGCAGAACUGUACCCUGGCAUACUGUGUUUUUUCUUGCCAAUGAAUACAUGUGGAGGUGACCUAAACUCUUCAUGUUGUGUGGUGUGUUCCAGGAAAUGUGAAGAAAACUACCAAUAUCUUUUUAUCACUGAGUCAUAUCUGGCAAUAAACUCAUGAUACAAGCAAUAACAUGACACUCAUUGAAACUUUACCUGAACCAAUUAUGAAUACUUUAAGUCCUAUGUUUUGAAGUUUUUGAUGUACAGUAUUUAAAUUUUGAUUUCUAACAUUUGAUACCUUUAUCGGCUUCAUAAAUAAACUAGGCAUAAAUUGAUCUACCAGGUUAUUAAAUUCAGAUCAAGUAUAGAUAUAAAAAUAUUUUUAAGUUAUAUCUUAUAUCGACAAAUACACCAUCAUCAGCUUGCCAUUUUAAAUCAUAUUUUUCAAUAUUUUCAAACCAUUGGUAAACUUAAAUUGGACAGUAGUUGUGUGUCUUCUAAAUUGUGAUCUUUCAUUGGAAGUUUGUGACAUAGUGAUCAUCAGUGCUAAUUUUACUUGGCACUAGUUCAAAAUGAUCUGUAUGCAAUCAUUUUAUGUAUUUUGAACUAAUUAUAUUGCAUUCAUACUUGCUUUUAUCUGAUUUUUCAUGGGAGAGUGGACAUUCGCAAUAAUUUUCUUGGAAGUCGACCAAAAUAUGUGGUCAACAAUAGUGUUAGCGAAUCAUUUCAAUGGAUAACAUAACCCAUAUAUCCUCGAGUUCUGUGGAAUAUUCUAAUUUUUUUUUACAACAUCGUACUAUUGGAUAUUCACACAAUUUUAAUAAAACAGGACUUUGAGAGACUAAAAAUGGCAAAAAAUACAUCAAAUGAAUAUAGUAUUCCUAUCGUUAAGUGAAAGUUGAUAACUGCUGACAUUAAUUUUUAUUUAAUAGGACUUAAUGAGUUAAUGGGUCAAUUUUCUGGCCUUUCUUUUGCAUUUCCAAUACAUGAUCAAUUUUGUUUGUUUA